AUGCAAUUCAAGUCCCUUCUUCUUUCCGCCCUUGCGGCUACUGGAGCUCUCUCGGAGGUUGUUCACAGAGAAUGUGGUACCUCUGAGCCCACAGAGGAGCAAUUCAACGUCUCUCUGAAGAUGGCCGAGAAAGAAGAAAUGUCUCGUGCUGCUGGAAAUGUCACCGCCGAUGCUAUCUCAGUCAAGGUGUACUUCCACGUUUUGGCUUCAUCCAGCUCCGUCAGCGGUGGUUACAUUAGUGUAAGUCUCCUAUUUCGCUUAAUCAACAAUACUGAUGCCAGAAAUAGCAAGCCACCAUCAACCGACAACUUGCUGUUAUGAACACUGCUUAUGCUCCAUACGCUAUCUCCUUCACUAUGGGAGGUACUGACUGGACUAUCAACACUGCUUAUGCAAAGUAAGAGAUCCCAUCAUUCCAUAUUUAAACGACAGAACUUUCGGAACAAGCAUCUUCAUUGUCACAAAUUAUCUUGGUUGGUCAAGGAACGCAGACUUCAUUUAUCUUAAACAGUUUGGACAAUCAAAAUGAUUGUUCGAAGCUUCCCAGUACAAUACCUAGUUUAGCUUUGAAUACUGACUUUCCUAUAGCGAUCAAUCAGAGUUGGCAAUGAAGAGAGCUCUCCGAAAAGGAACAUACGCCGAUUUGAACUUGUACUUCGUUCCAAACAUGGAUUACCUCGGAUACUGGUACGUAUUCUCACCCGCAAGGCGAUGAAUAUUGGUUUCAAAUUUCAAUCGCCCUUUCAAAAGAAACCACUUACUAACUUCUCACCUACAGCUACUUCCCAACCACUGCGCCCUCAGGAAGCACCGACUUUUACUAUGAUGGAUGCACCAUUGCAUCUGGCACCGUUCCCGGGGGUGCUGAGACCCAAUACAACGAGGGUCAAACAGCCACCCACGAAGUUGGUCAUUGGUUCGGUCUUUACCACACCUUCCAAGGUGGCUGCUCUGGAACCGGAGACUCGGUCUCGGAUACUCCCGCUGAGGCUUCUGCUGCUUCAGGAUGCCCAAUUGGACGAGACACAUGCUCCGGAGGCGGUGUAGACCCAAUCCACAACUACAUGGACUACACUGUUGAGUACGUUCUCCCUACUUCGAUCCCCUUGCCAACUCUGCAUCUUUGAUGUCAGAAACUCUUGCAUAGAGAGAUGCUAACUAUGAAUAGUUCUUGCUAUGAGGAGUUUACCGCUGGUCAAUCCACCCGCAUGAACAGCUUCUGGAGCCAAUACCGUGCUGGCAAAUAA